AUCGUCCACCACAUCUACGUACACACUACUAAAGGGUCUCUAGUUUAGAUUCCUUCCAAAGCUUAUUCAAUUGCUCGCGGAUAGUGUUAGGUACAUUUAUUAUGCAGUUGUACGUUCUAAUGUGUAAAAAUCAAGAAACUGGCACUGACUCGUGAUGUAUCUUUUCUUGGCAGUCAUUAUUGUUACAAUAUUCUAUGGAGCAUCAAGAAGUGUGAAUCCUUCAAAAGUACAUCGACCAAAAACAUGCCGAGAAGUAUUCGACGGUGGUUUAGGGGAUCAUGACGGUUCCUAUUGGAUAAAUCCCAGCCAAGGUGCUGAAAAAUAUUCCAUCUUGGCUUAUUGUAAACUCAAAACACGCGAAACGUGUGUAUCCUCGGACCCAUAUCGUUCGAUAAUUUUUGAUAUUUCUGGUGCUAAAUCAGAAGUUUGGUUAGCAAAAAAAGAUCCCAGUUACCAGAUCGCCUACCGAGCAGAUGCUAAUCAGCUGAGAACGUUGCAACAGAUGUCCAAAUCAGCAACACAAAAUAUUACUUACCAUUGUAAGAAUUCCGUUAUCUAUUACGACAGUAUCAACAAAAAUUUUGAUAAAAGCGUAAAAUUACUGGGAUGGAAUAAUGAAGAAAUCACUCCGCAAAACCUUUCAAAUUUACAAUUUAUGUCCGGUUACGACAAUUGUCAGCAUAAAAACAAUCAGUGGUCAAUAACGCGCAUCACAUACUCAACUAACGUACCUUCCCAACUCCCCAUCGCUGAUAUAGCAGUUCGAGAUGUCGGAAGACCUAGACAAUUCAUUUACGUGGACAUUGAACCUGUCUGUUUUCUUUAAUAGCAAUUUUUCAUCAAGAAUUUUGAGCAAAAUCGAAGAAUUUAAGCCCAAAACCUAUAGCUGAUUUAGCAUAGAAUGAUCUGUAUUGCUCACUUUUCAGAAAUAGUGUAUCUAGUACCUACUUUCAUUAUGUAAGGGUCUACUGAGAAAAAAUAAAAUAUGUCGAAGAAUAUUGAUCAAAUUCAGCGAGAACCUGCAUUGUGAGUUGAGAGUCACUGAGAAAAAUUUUCCUCUGUGGAGAUGCUCUCUAGUCCGGGAGAUAUGGGUCGUAAAAGAAGACGCAUUUUUGAAAAAUCAUAAUGCUCACUGUGGCCCAAUUGAAUAAUCUUACGAAUAAAUGUUGUAGAUGCAAACUUUUCUUGACGUAAGUACCCAUUCCAAAAAAUAGAAAAAAUAACCGAAUUUCAAUU